UGCUCUGAGAUUAUCCGCCGCAUUCUUGAGGAAUCCAAUACACUUGCAGAUAAUUUUUGCUUCUUUUCCAUUUUGUUUUAUUAUCAGGAGUGAACUUUUGGCAUCUACGCUAAUUUCUGAUGCAUUUGCUUUCUAUUUUGAUUCACUUAGGCCUAGAUUUCCCAAACUUUAAUUGGAAUCUGUGAUUUUUCAGACACCAUUGGGGCGCAUUUAAGAACUAUUGCGUGGAUGUAUCAUGUGAAUAUUAUACCCAAGGUAAAACAGAAGCGCGUAUUUUGAGUGAAAACAAAAACUGAUGCGAGUAAGAAGGGAUGCCAGCCAGGCGUGGCUUGCGUUUGAAUAUCCAAUGUGAGAAUGCAUGGGGAGUAUGUAUAUAACAGUCUUUCCAUCGAUACACAGAGAUAUCAAAGUGGGUGAAUAUAGGAGCAUUUAUAAACCGAGAGGACUGCUGCGCUGUUUUGGAGGAGCAGGGCGCGCUUUGCUUUGUGCGUGAAUGGACCGUCAACUUCCCAACCCUCCUUAAGACACUGUCUACAUCUCAAAUGCCUUCGCUUAAUCUGACAGCUGUGCACACUAUGGCAGAGGUUGGGACUUUUCUCGGGACACUCGACUUGGAUUUACAAAGUUUCCCAGCGCUAGGAAAUAUUCCUCUGGUGGAGUCUCCGGUUGGGUUGAAUGAGCGCCUGGGACAGAUUGAGGGGAGGCUGCAGCGAGGUUCGCCCACAGACUUUGGACACCUCAAAGGAAUCCUCAGGCGGCGGCAACUUUACUGCAGGACCGGCUUUCAACUAGAAAUAUUCCCCAACGGGACAGUGCACGGGACAAGGCAGGACCACAGUAGAUUUGGUAUACUGGAGUUCAUCAGUCUCGCAGUGGGCCUCGUCAGUAUCAGAGGAGUGGACGCUGGAUUGUACCUGGGAAUGAACGAGAAAGGAGAGCUCUAUGGGUCGAAGAAACUGACGGCAGAAUGUGUGUUCAGGGAGCAGUUCGAGGAGAACUGGUACAACACUUAUGCUUCAACUCUUUAUAAACACACGGACACAGGACGCUUCUACUACGUCGCUCUAAAUAAAGACGGCUCACCCAGAGAGGGUAGCAGGACUAAAAGACACCAGAAACUUACACAUUUCUUACCCAGACCGGUGGAGAUCGAUAGGAUACCCCAGGCUUACAGGGACUCUUUCCAAUACAGGUGACCAUAGUUGUUUGAGCAAUUCCUAUAGAGGUCAGAGAAACAGGGACAAGCUGUUGUGAAUAUGCUGUUUACUCAAGUUGUAGCUUGUUUCAAGCCUCCUGAAGUCACUUUGUAAGACUGCUGCCAAGUUUGUGGAGCACUGACAUAAACAGCAUGGAUGUCUGGAGAUGAAGAGGGGCUCUUCUGACAACACAGCACACAUUUAGAGGGCUGUUAUCCUAUUCUAGAAGACAGGUUACAUGAAGUCACAAAGAGCUUCGACUAUUAAGAAAGCUGUGUAAGAGGAGACAAGACAGUACUGCAGUAAUGCCAAUGAUAAAUCAGUAGGACACAUUCCACCCACAAAAUGACAGACUUGUCUAAAGCCAGGAGCAAGGAAAUGUUUUUGAACCCGUUAAAAGCUAAACUGGAAAAUGACUUAGUUUUUUAAUCAAAGGUACUAAGUGGCACAAAACCACUAAAAUCAACAUGGGAUCAAUACAAUAGCACUUACUGCACAUGCCUAGUCAGACUGAGGCACAUGUGUAUGUACAAAGGGGCUGCGCUCGAGGGAAUGCACUUGUUUGACAGCAAAUGUAAGAGUACAAAUAAUGGAGACUUGUAAUGUUCAGUGUCUAGAACAUUAUUAAAUGCAAGCAACUGAGGUGUACAUAUGGGUGAUCCUAUUUAUAAAAUGUACAAUAUAUUUAUUUUCUCUAUAUCAAAUACAAAUGUAUAUUUAUUUAUUGCAAAGACUUUAUUUUGUAAUGAACUUGAAGUUGUAUGAACUGUAGAUUCUACUGAACUGACACAAAACAAACAGAAAUGAAGA